AUGAGUAAAUUUCAACAUUGGGGAAUAAUUCAUAAAUAUGGAUGUUGUUUCAUAAAUCAAACCAAAAAUCAAUUCAAUAAAAAAAUAUUUUUAAUUAAUAAUGAUAAUGAAUUGAAUAUGGAAAAAAGGUUGAAAUCACUUGAGUUAUUUGAAAGAUUUUUAAAAAUAAAUGUUGUAGAUGUUGAAUUAUUUGAAAAAUUUUCAAAAGAAAAUGAAUUAGAAGAAAAUGACAAUGGGGAAUUGGAAGAAGGUAAUGUUGCGAAAUAUCAAGUAAUUGCAAAACAAGGUGAUAAAGAAAAUCAUGUGUGGGAAAGAAUUGGAAUUUUUUCAAAAUACUAG